UGUGGGGCGACUGCGCUACGGGCCGACCGGGGCGGUGAUGGCGGCUCCAUAUUAACACCUCCUUCCCCCCCCCCUCCUCCUCCUCCGCGCUCCCGCCCGCGCCCGUCAGCCGUCUCCCCCUUCCCUGACGCCACCUCUCCCCCUCCUCUACCAUGCCCGGCAUGAUGGAGAAAGGGCCCGAGUUACUGGGGAAGAACCGAUCGGCCAACGGCGGCGCCAAGAGCCCUGCGGGCGGCGGCGGCGGCGGCUCCUCGGCCAACGGCGGGCUGCACUUCUCGGAGCCCGAGAGCGGCUGCAGCAGCGACGACGAGCACGGGGAUGUUGGGAUGAGAGUCGGAGCUGAAUACCAAGCUCGGAUCCCUGAAUUCGAUCCAGGUGCUACCAAGUACACAGAUAAAGACAAUGGAGGGAUGCUUGUGUGGUCCCCGUAUCACAGUAUCCCAGAUGCCAAAUUGGAUGAAUACAUCGCCAUCGCAAAAGAGAAACACGGCUACAACGUUGAGCAGGCGCUGGGCAUGUUGUUUUGGCAUAAACACAACAUUGAGAAGUCCCUCGCGGACCUCCCGAACUUCACGCCCUUCCCAGAUGAGUGGACGGUGGAGGACAAAGUCCUGUUUGAACAAGCCUUCAGCUUUCACGGGAAGAGCUUCCACAGGAUUCAGCAAAUGCUUCCAGAUAAGACAAUUGCAAGUCUCGUAAAGUAUUACUAUUCUUGGAAAAAAACUCGCUCAAGAACAAGUUUGAUGGAUCGCCAGGCUCGUAAACUAGCCAAUAGACACAGUCAGGGUGACAGUGAUGAUGACGUGGAAGAAACACACGCCAUGGACGGGAAUGACAGUGACUAUGACCCAAAAAAAGAAGCCAAAAAAGAGGGAAAUGCUGAACAGGCUGUCCCCACCAGCAGGGUCGGCCUGGGGAGGAGAGAGCACCAGAGCCUGCAGCACCGUCACCACUCUCAGCGCUCCAAGUGCCGCCCCCCUAAGGGCAUGUACUUAACCCAGGAGGAUGUGCUGGCUGUUUCCUGUAGCCCCAACGCAGCCAACACCAUCCUGAGGCAACUGGACAUGGAGCUGAUCUCUCUAAAGCGCCAGGUUCAGAAUGCUAAGCAAGUAAACAGUGCACUUAAGCAGAAAAUGGAAGGUGGAAUUGAAGAGUUCAAACCUCCUGAGUCAAAUCAGAAAAUUAAUGCCCGUUGGACCACAGAGGAGCAGCUUCUAGCAGUGCAAGGUGUCCGCAAAUAUGGUAAAGAUUUUCAAGCUAUUGCAGAUGUAAUUGGCAACAAGACUGUUGGCCAAGUGAAGAACUUCUUUGUAAACUACAGGCGUCGGUUUAACUUAGAGGAGGUGUUGCAGGAGUGGGAAGCAGAGCAAGGAACCCAGGCUUCUAACGCUGAUGCUUCCGCUUUAGGGGAGGAGACAAACAGUGCUUCUAAUGUGCCGUCAGGGAAGAGCACUGACGAAGAAGAGGAGGCACAGACCCCACAGGCUCCUCGGACUCUGGGUCCAUCACCUCCUGCCCCGUCAUCCACUCCAACACCACCAGCCCCCAUCGCCACUCUGAACCAGCCUCCACCACUUCUUCGUCCAACACUGCCUGCCGCCCCCGCUCUUCACCGACAGCCUCCUCCACUCCAGCAGCAGGCUCGGUUCAUCCAGCCCCGGCCAACUCCCAAUCAGCCUCCACCACCUCUCAUUCGCCCUGCUAACUCUAUGCCGCCCCGCCUGAACCCAAGACCAGUGCUGACCGCGGUUGGUGGCCAGCAGCCGCCUUCCCUCAUUGGGAUUCAGACAGAGUCGCAGCCCUCACUGCACUAGUUAAAUCGGACAAAGUGGCAGUAAUCUCUCACCCGGCAUUAUGCCAGUGCUCGUCUGACCGAUCCAAAAGAGGAAAACUAGUCCUUCCUAGAUACCGAGGCUGCAAAGCAGUUCUGUGGCAGUGGACUAGCAUAAGUGGGAGUCACACAACCUUCCUUCCCAGGGCUCACCAGCGUGAUCU